AUGGCGAGAAAAAUUUUAAUUUCGCAAUCAGUAACAAUGUUGUCGAAAAUUACGGUACUCUUCUUCGUAGCUCAUGCUGCUUCAGCAUUCCAUUUAACUGGUCCUCAAGAGCAACUGCAAAUUAUUAUGAAGGAAAUAAAACGAGAUGUGCCAGUAGAUAUCAAUGAAGCAUUGAUAAGCAUUCGUGCUAAUUUGGCACCAUUGUCUUAUUACACUGACAAUGCUAAGACGCGAAUAGCGAUUACUGAUUUAAAGGUAGAUGCUCAACCAUUUUGGACUAAAAUUGCCGAGCUUGACGAACAAGCUAAAAAAGUUGGUAGACUAGGUUGUAUUGAAGAAGGCAUGGAACUUUUCUUUGAUCUAAACAACACUGCCAUUGCAAAACCAUUCAGAAAAAUUAACAACUAUUACAAUAAAGGAUAUUUAAUCGUAUUCAAAAGUGACGAUAAAAUCGAUGCUGUUUCAAAAACUUUAAAAGAUUUAACAACAAGGGCCGAUAACUGCGCAGAAGACGAGUGCGCAUCUGUUUUGGUAAAAGAAGCCAUUUCAUUCUAUUCUUCAUCCUACGAAGACAUAAAAGCAGCUAUUGCUGAUAUUACUCAAUACGCACAAGUGGAUUUGUUGAAAAUCUUGGCAACAAUUCAAAUCGAUAAGGAGUCUUAUGUUUCUGGGUACAACGGUAUUUUGGAACGAGUUAAACUUUGCAUUGAUUAG